ACCAUGAAAAUUAAUCAAACCAAAAAGAAAAAAAAUACCAGUCAAAAUAAGGAACCGCGUCUGCAAUCAUUUAUUAUUUCAAUUUCAUCUGCAUAUAAUCACGACCUAAUAUUUCAAGCAACUGUGAAUUAGAGAGCACUCUGUGUGAGGAAAGAAAAAAAAGGAAGACGCUGAUAUAUAUUUUGCUUUGAAUCAACAAUGACGACCGGAGCGAGCUAUCCGGCGGCGGCGAGUUCGGUGGUUGUGGUGGCCCCGCAUUUCUGCGUUGGUCACCCCAUCGAUCUCACUAUAGUUCGGAAGAUGAUGACUUUAUCGGAAGGAACUUUCGGAGUGACUGAUGUUGAUGGCAACUUAAUGUUCAAAGUCCAAGGCGGCGAUAUCUUGAGCCUCCAGGACCGGCGAGUCCUGCUUGAUGCUGCCGGAAACCCUCUCAUGACUUACCAGCAAAAGCUAAUGUCUGCACGUAGAAGAUGGGAAGCAUUCAGAGGAGAUAGCACAGAUGAAAGGGAUAUACUUUUCAGUGUGAGAAAGUCGUCCUUCUUUCAAAUCAAUACCAACUUAGAUGUGUUCAUGGCUUCCAACACGAGCGAAGAUGUUUGCGACUUCAGAAUCGAAGGCAACUUGUUCGAGAGUAAAUGCGUCAUUUAUGCUGGAAACUCCAAUAAUAUCAUUGCUCAGAUGCACAGGAAUCACAGUGCAGAAAGUAUUCUACUUGGGAAAGAUAGCUUUGGGGUGACUGUGUAUCCUAAUGUAGAUUACGCCUUCAUCGUUUCGCUCAUCGUCAUCCUUGAGGAAAUCAACACGGACAGAUAAAAGAGUUGAAAGUCUGUAUUUGAUGAGUUUGUCUUGGAAUUCAUGUGCUGUGUUGCUCAAUUUUAUCACCUUAGUAUGUUGUUUUGAUUUUAAAAGGCUUUGUGGUUUGUAAUUUAUGUACUGUGUAUGUUCUUGUUGUACUUUAAAUUGUAAUGGAUUUGAUUAAUAAAAUUUCUGGUUUGGCCUUA